AUGGGAGCCGACCGCAGGCCGGAGCACACCAACCCUCCUGAGAUCUACUACGGCGACGACGAGGCCCGAAAGUAUACUGGCAACAGCCACGUCAUCGAUGUGCAGACCAGGCUGGCGCGCCGCUCGCUCGAGCUGCUCGCGCUCCCGCCCGACGAGGGACCCAUGACGAUCCUCGACCUCGGGUGCGGGUCGGGACUCAGCGGGGAGGUCAUCUCCGAGGCCGGGCACCACUGGGUCGGCUGCGACAUCGCACCGGCGAUGCUCGACGUCGCGCGCGAGCGCGAGGUCGCCGGCGACCUCAUGCUUCACGACAUGGGCGACGGACUCCCCUUUCGCAGCGGCACGUUCGACGGCGCGAUAUCGAUCUCCGCGGUCCAGUGGCUCUGCAACGCGGACACGUCGUCGGCGAACCCGCGGCGGCGCAUCCGGCGGUUCUUCGAGUCGCUGUACCGCGUGCUGAACCGCGGGGCGCGCGCGGCGCUACAGAUCUACCCGGAGACGACGGAGCAGGCCGAGAUGCUCGCGGCGGCGGCGAUGCGGGCGGGGUUUAGCGGAGGGUUGGUGGUGGACUUCCCGCACUCGACACGUGCGAAGAAGUACUUCUUGGUCCUGAUGGUGGGGCCGUCGACGUACCAGCCGCAGGCGCGGGGGCUGGACGGGGAGGAGGAGGACGAGGAGGUGGACGCGGAGGGGCUGGAGGUGUACGGCCGGCGGGGGGGAAAGCGGCGCAAGGUGGGCGGGGGUGUUGCGAAGAAGGACAAGGGGUGGAUCGUGAAGAAGAAGGAACAGAUGCGGAAGAAGGGGUACGAGAACGUGCCCGUGAGCAACAAAUUCACGGGACGCAAGCGCAAGGCUAGGUUCUGA